AUGGACACUUCGGACCCCGGUAGUAAUUCCGAUCCCCCACCGCCGCCGCAGCAUCAUCACCCUGAGCCAGACGAAGGCAGUGCCGGAGAUUCUGCCAGCUGGUACUAUGAUUUAGAUGAUAUCCAAGAGGAUGACGGCGAUGGUGACUAUGACUCAGACUACCAAGAUGAGCCAGAUGAAGAUGAGGAUGAAGACGAUGACUUCCAAGAUGCAUUACCCGGCGAUGUAGAGUUUGAACUUCUUGUUGGUGAUGACGAUGGCCCAGGUGAAGAGGAGGAGGAAGAGGAUGACGAUGACGAUGACGAUGAUGAUGACCAGGAUCCAGUACGACGCAUCAUGGCACUAUUCAGAGGCGGAAGAUCUGGGUUAUUAACGCGGGCUCAACUCAUGGAACUGUUUCGGAAUCGCGACCUCACGAAUCUCCUUCUCAGCGACAACGCUGAUGAGGAAGGUUUCCUAAGUCACUUUGGGAUUCGUAGACGGCGCCAACCCAAAGAUCCUAAUCGGUUCCCAAAAGUACCCAGUGAAGAAGGCUUAAAGCUCAUGCGUGCUGGUGCUUUUGGUGCCAACGACUAUGAUUUGCAUACGCGAAAGCACCUUGCCCGCCGCAUGUUGGAACGCGAACUAGGUGUUGGAGACCGCGAGGAGAGAAGGCGGAAUAGCGAUUUAGUAACGCAGGCAAUGAUACCGGGAACAAGAGCAGAGCAAAUUAUCCACUAUGACGACCCGGUGUACUCUGGGCAAUUUUCCGACGACGGCAACUUCUUCUACUCAUGUUCUCAGGAUUUCAGAGUACGCAUGUACGACACGUCUAAUCCCUACAACUGGAAACAUUACAAGACUGUUUCCUAUCCGUGGGGCCAAUGGACAUUAACAGAUGCAUCGCUGAGUCCGGAUAAUCGCUGGCUGGCAUAUACAUCAAUCCAGAGUAUGGUCUCAAUAGCUCCCACUGACCCAAAUGAUACCGGCGACCCUUACACCUUGGACUUGGAUGACGGUAAUGGUAGGCCAACCCAAUAUGGCUGGAGGAACCGCGGGGGAUUCGGUAUUUGGUCCAUUCGAUUCUCGGGCGACGGACGAGAGCUCGUCGCCGGUACCAGCUCCAACUCGCUCGUGGUAUAUGAUAUCGAGUCACGUCAAGUUCUGCAUCACAUUGAUGGUCAUGACGAUCAUGUCAAUGCGGUUUGCUUUGCAGACAAAUCAUCGCCGCACAUUCUCUACUCUGGAUCCGAUGAUGCAACCAUCAAAGUAUGGGACCGAAGGAGCAUGGGAGACGGACGAGAGGCAGGCGCCUUUGUUGGGCACAUUGAGGGCUUAACUUACAUUGACAGUAAAGGCGAUGGGCGAUAUAUUCUGAGCAACGGCAAGGACCAAAGCAUGAAGCUGUGGGACCUGCGAAUGGUCAUGUCGACUAACCGAUUCCGUGAAGUCGACCCAACCCGACACAGUAACACCAGUGGUUUCGAUUAUCGAAGAGAAGCAUAUGACGAUGAAGACUGGGAUGUGCACCCUCACGAUAACUCUGUCGUGACCUUCAGAGGCCAUCGAGUCUUGCGAACCCUGAUCAGAUGCCAUUUCUCACCGCCGUCAGCCACCAACUCACGAUAUGUGUACUCGGGCAGCGCCGACGGGAAGGUAUACAUUUGGAACAUGGACGCGACUCUUGGAGGAAAGAUUGAUGUUAAGAAAGCGACCAUGGGAACACGCCGAGUAGAUCGUCAUACCCGACUGUACUUUGAAGAACCUACGGGCUGGGGCACUUGUGUCCGCGACGCAAGUUGGCAUCCCAGUGCUCCCAUGAUUGUCGCUUCUGCUUGGAAUGGUUAUAGCAUGGCCAGGGGUACGUGUACUCUGCAUUCAUUUAAUGAAUCCUCUGAGGAUGAGGGAGAGCCUGACAUGCGACGGAGUGUGGAUGCCAUGUUGAAUCCGAAUCCGGAGGUGUAUGAGAUGUCAAACUUUUAG